UCUAGAAACUCUAAACACCAACCUAAUCAAUGGCUUCACUCUCUCUCUUACGCCAAAACCACUUGUUCUCCGCCACCCUCCCAACCCGACCCAAACCCAAAUAUGCCUGUUCCGUUACUGUUACGUUAUCUCCCAAAAUUGCCUUGGGUGGUUCUCGUUACUGUUACAAAUUGAAUCUUCAAAAUAAACUCCCCAGGGAUGUGAUUGUAAGAUCCGAGAUUACCGCGGCCGGGUCUGCAGGAGAAGGCUAUUCGAUACCUGAACUCAAAUUGGAAGCAAAAGUUAGGGGAGUUUGUUUUUACGCUAUUACUUCCUUUGCUGCUAUAUUUCUUUUUGUGAUGAUGUUGGUUGGACAUCCAUCUGUGCUCCUGUUUGACCGUUACCGGAGAAAGUUUCAUUAUUUUGUUGCCAAAGUCUGGGCUACCCUCACCGUGACCCCGUUUUUCAAAAUUGAAUAUGAAGGGUUGGAGAAUCUUCCGCCUCCAGAUACUCCUGCCGUCUAUGUUUCCAAUCAUCAGAGUUUUCUAGAUAUAUAUACUCUCUUAACUCUGGGAAGAAGCUUUAAAUUCAUAAGCAAGACUGGGAUAUUCCUUUUUCCAGUUAUUGGGUGGGCAAUGUUUCUUUUGGGUGUUAUUCCUUUGAAGCGCAUGGACAGCCGGAGCCAGAUGGAGUGUUUUAAAAAAUGCAUGGAUCUCAUCAAGAAAGGUGCCUCUGUUUUUUUCUUUCCGGAGGGAACACGCACUAAAGAUGGAAAGUUAGGUGCAUUCAAGAAGGGAGCUUUCAGCAUUGCUGCAAAGACUAAAGUACCAGUGGUACCAAUUACUCUUAUUGGAACUGGCCAAAUUAUGCCUACAGGAAGGGAGGGUAUUGUUAACUCAGGUUUCGUGAAAGUUGUUAUACAUAAACCUAUAGAUGGUAAUGAUCCUGACGUGUUAUGCAAAGAAGCUAGAAAUAGAAUCGCAAGUGUGCUGACUCAAGCCUGAAAAAUGUAGUGCAAAAUGUUUCUGAAAAUUUCUAUUACAUGAGGAUCAAACUUCUUGUGCCUUGGAUCGAAUUGAAAAGUCAUGCUUUGCUUCGGUGGAACUAUUUUGAUUCAUGAGUUUGCAGCUCUUCAGGCGUUGAAUUCAAUUUUUGUUCAGUCAUAUUGGUUCCUCCAUGUUUUUCUUUCCGUAGGGAGGAUGGAGGCUGAUCCUUGGAUCUGCUGAUCAACAAAGGGUUGAUUGCAAUGGCGGUCCAAGUGUUAGAAAUGGAUAAUAUUGAUAUUCAAAUUUCACAGUUUUGCAACUAAUUUUUAUGUAUGAACUGCUUAACAGGUUUUUAGUAUAUGAUAAAUCAGCCAGUUGGUUUU